AUGUUUACGUCAACCCUGAAGCGAGAUCUCUACCGGAGAUCCUGGGACGCAGCCAAACUAUCCCAGCCUCGUUCUUCCAGAUGCUUGCAUCGGGCCACGAAAAGUCGGCAGGCAGUCGCAAGUACUGUGGCUGCAACACAUGACGCUAAAUGGCCACACAAGCCCGGCUCUUCGCUGGGGAUACUCCCACUCAGCACAAUCAUACGCUCAUUGUCCAUCACAACCGUCACGUCGAUCCCCGCAUUGUUGAUGCCCGCUUUGGCGUCGCUCUCGUUCGUGGCGGAGUCCAAGGCCAAGGUGCUCGAUCCAGACCAGAAUAGCAUUCUCAAGACGGCGCUGCGACAAACAAUCUACUCGCAGUUCUGUGCUGGCGAGGCACCGGACGAGGUCGAAACAACGAUAUCAGACCUCAAGGGCCUGGGGUAUGCCGGAGUCAUCCUGGGCUAUGGGCGAGAAGUCGUCAUGGACGAGCACGAAGCACGUGCGCUGGAGUCACGGGAAGCGCACGAGGCCGCGCGCAGAGACGCCGCACGGCAGGCGCACGAGGUGCUCGAGUGGAAGGAAGGCACGCUGCAGACGCUCGCGCUUGCCCAGGAAGGCGAUUUCGUCGCGCUCAAGUUCACCGGCGCCGGCACAGAAGCGCUCAGCCACCUCAUCCACGGCCUGCCCCCCUCGCUUGAACUCGACCAGGCCAUCACCGACAUCUGUGACCGCGCGAGAGAUCGGGGAGUCCAGUUGCUGUUUGACGCGGAGCAGCAUGCUGUCCAGUCCACUAUCGAUGCCUGGGUUUUGGGCCUGCAGCGAAGGUACAACAGGUCGUUUUCGCUGCAGGGCAAGCCUCGCGCCCUUGUCUAUAACACAUACCAGGCCUAUCUGCUGUCCACCCCAGGCACUCUGGCGUCUCACCUGGCCGCCGCAAGUCAAGAAGGGUUCGUGCUCGGCGUGAAGCUCGUUCGCGGGGCAUACCUGAGCAGUGACCCCCGUCAUCUGUUCUGGGAAACCAAGGCUGGGACAGACCGUUCUUACGAUGCCAUCGCCCAGUCUUUGAUCACGAGACAGUACGGUCCAGGUUUAAGACCGAGUGAUUCGCAAACCCAAGAGUUUCCUCAGGCAGAUCUGGUCCUCGCCACCCACAAUCGCAAGUCAAUCGAAAGGGCUCGAACUCUCCGCAACGAACAGGUUCGAUACAGACGCCCCAUGAUUGAAAUGGUGUAUGGGCAACUUCAAGGCAUGGCAGAUGAUAUCAGCUGCCAGCUUGUACACGAGUCAGCAACAGCAAAAUCUGACGGCAAUGUCUUGGAAGAAAUCCCAAAGCCAUACAAAUAUCUCGUCUGGGGCACAGUGGGAGAAUGUACCAAGUACCUCCUUCGACGAGGUCGUGAGAACAGAGACGCAGCUUCAAGGACAAGGGACACUAGGAAUGCUAUGCUUGCUGAAGUGAAAAGGCGCAGUUCUUUGGGCUUUCUUUGA